UCUGGCAUCUGAAACACAAGCAUCAGACUCCCAGUGGACUCUUCUGUAAGGAUUGUGUCAGCUCCGGGAGCAAUGUCUUCACAUGUGAAUAAUCCAUCUCAUUCAGGAGUUUCUGCAAUCAUUUUAGGAUUGUUUUAACAGAGAAUGCAAGAGUGAUAAGGGACUACAGUCUGGAGUUAUCUGUGGAGGGUUUAAGGAAGCAGUUUGACUUUGUGAUACAGAAGGUGUUUUGUUUUUGUUACUUGAAUGGUUUGUUGGUUUGGUGCUAUCUAACCCAGAGGAGCUCGGAGCUGCUGGUGCCCUGAUGUUCAGAAAGUACAGUCUAAUGGUGUAGAGAGAUGAGACCAGAUGAUAUCAACCCACGUACUGGACUGGUGGUAGCUCUAAUGAGUAUAUUCCUUGUUUUUGGCUUCAUGUUUACAGUUUCUGGUUUCAAAGGGGAAACUUUGGGAUCUAUUCCACUUCUUGCCAUAGGUCCAGCUAUUUUCCUGCCUGGAGUGGCAGCUAUUACCUUGACCAGGAGGACAGAUGGCUGUACUAAGUGGCCUUACAAAUAUUGCACCUGCUGCUGUAAAAAGGGCAGAGAUAAAGAAAAUGUGGAGCUUCUGAAAACCCCAUCGGACAUGGAGUCUGGGAAGGGAAGUUCUAAUGAGCUGGACAAAAAGGCAGAACCAGAAGAAAAGGGUGAGGGCUGUGAGCCCAACAAAAUCAUCACCAUAGGGGAUUCCAGGACACUCACUGUGAAAGUGGAUGGUGAUGAGAUGGUGAGGUACAUGGACAAAUGCUAUUCCCAAAAAACAUUACCUGGAGGGGUAGAAAACAUUUGUUCUGUUUUUGAUAAAAAGUAUACCCCAGAAAGAAUAAUCUACACUGCCACAGAGGAGAGAGUUACCCUUGAUCCUAGAGAUAGUGGUGCAGCAGCCAGCUGUCAAGGGGGGGAGAGUCCUUAUAACAGGUAUUGCUGUUACAUAAAACCAACGGAAGUGAACUGGGACCAAGAGACAGUUGUGUAAAACUACGCGUACACCUAUACACUGAACAAGAAUGUUUUUGCACUGCAUGACAGAUUCAGGUUCUGUUUAAAAAAAAAAAAAAGUCCAGGUACUUCUACCUGGCAGCCUUCUGCUACGGGGUUGUUGUUGCAGACCAGCAUGUCUAGGAUUAUAGGUCACCUGUUUCCUUAGUGAUUAUUCUGGCCAAUUGGUUCAUCUGUGAACACAGUGCCUUGAUAUGUAUGCAGUGGACGUUGUCGAUCAACUAGAAGACAAUGAGCAGGGCUAACAGCGCAGGCAAGCUGAGGUGUACACAGUUAUUCCUCUCGUACACUGUAAGCUAAUUGUCUGUGGCUCCAAUAAGUUGCUGCGACAACAGUAUCUUUUUAUAUGUCAUAUAGGAUGCAAAAUAUUAUGUUACAUGUGGUGAAACAGGUACCCAUAUACUUUUCUGGCAAAUCAAUAUAUUUCAGCUUAGCACUGCAAAUAUGUGCUGCUAUUUGUAUGCUCAGAAAUAGCAUAACCCUCACUAACAUAACUGAAUGGAAUGCUGCUGUUAACAUCUGGCUAGGGUUCUUAUUCUAGGGGAACUAUCAUUAAGAAGAUACCAUUUUUCAUAUAUAAACAAAAUGCAAUUUUUUUCUUCAAGAAAGCACUUCUUUUGUUAUAUUUGUUGUUAUAUAUUGAUGCUCCAAAUCUUAUUUUGCUAUGAGUGGAGAGAUGUUAGUGAUUGACUAAACCUCUUCAUAGACUGCAAUGGCAAGAGUAAAUUUCUAUGCUAUUAAGUACUCUAUAGCAAGUACUGAGAACUGUAACAAUGCAUACAAGAAAAUAUGUCAUGUUUCACUGAUGAAAGAUAUUGAAAUGUUCAGUUAUAUUUCAAUUAUGCAAUAUAUUAAUACUGUUUCUGGUAGUAUGCCCCAUUAAUGUGCUAAUGCAAGACAGUAUUAGAAGCUGCCAUACAUUUUAUUUUUAUU